GAACCGUGAUGGUGUCCUCUCUCGUGCGGAAUAUGCCAAGCGUAUGGAGCUGCCGGAUGGAAAAACCCAGGUGACUUCGCGAGGCGGCCUGAAUGACAAGUUGGAAAGUUUCAAACAGUACUUGGUUGAAUGCGAAGAAACAGGUCCCCUGCAAUAUCGUGUUGUAGAGAGCUUCCUUGUGGCCUUGGGCACCAUUUGCUUUGUCACCCGUGUGGUAUCCCCAGACAUUGCAGGCGAGCUAUUCCUGAAGGAGGUCGAGGAUAUUGUGAACGUGUCCUUUUUCAUCAAAUUUUUGCUGCUCUUUUGGAUCAACGAGUUCGAUAUCUCCUGGCUCUUCACGGGCAGCGGUGCUCUAGACGUAGCAAGCUGCCUCCCGGUGCUGUGCAUCCCUGCGAGAAUUAUCGGUGGUCCCGGUCUGGAGCAGACCACUGACCUUCUACAGAUUGGUCGCUUCUUGCGUCUUCUGCGGGUUGCCCUUCCCUCGGACAGUGGCCGUGGAAAAUGGCGCUGGUCUAGGACUGUGCCAGUGACGCAGCAGAUCAUCGCGGUGUUGUUGUCCUUGUUGGGAACGACAGUGGUGUCUGCAACGGUGCUGUAUUCAUUUGAGAAUGAUCCCUCCUUCGUUAGCUUGGAAGCCACUGAGCGGAGCUUUGAAGAUGCCUUGAUCUACAUGGUCAACAUCUUUGCUGGACGUGAUCCUCCUUGGUAUCCUGGUAAUCCACAAGCGAAGAUUGCCUCUGUGAUUGCGACAACUUCUGGAAUCAUCUUUAUUCCCUUCUUGGUGGCCAGAUCCGUGGAACUGUUCAUGUCCAGCGAUAACGCAGCGGCCUCCAACUUUUUGCCGGGUGCCGUUAGAGCUGGUAGCCCUGCAGGCGUUCCGGGCGCGGGUUUGGACUUGUGGGUAGCAGUCCUGGAGCAGCUGGAUGACCUGGAAGUCAAGGGGCUACUGGCGCCUGAGGACCUCAGGCUUUUGCGGCAGAUGUGUCUGAAGAAAGACUCGCGGCUGGCCAUACUUCAUCAGCGCUACUGCAAACAGUAUCCCAUCAAUUACCAGCUCUUCGCUUCUCGCCUUCUGGAGCUUCUGGACAUGGGCCGAGAGGAAAUGAAGCCCUGCAAAUCUUCAAGCACCCAAGGUGCCUGUGUAGAAUCGUAAGCCAGCAUGGGUAUGAGUGGAACACCAGG